GUGUAAGAACUAUUCAAAAACGUUAGUAUCGAUCGUUAAUGUUGAACGCAUAUUUUUUGCACGUUCUACUUGACGUCUGCAAUUAUGCCGCUGUGUUACGUCAGUAAAGCUAAAUGACAGCAGACAUGGCAAUGGAAACGAAAAAGAGGAAGGCCAACUGGAAUGAAAAUGAAUUGGAAGUGUUAGCAGACGCUGUGGUGUGCGACAUUAACAUUAUCAGAGGGAAAUUUUUUUCCUCAUUAACCCAUGAAAAGAAACAGAGUGUAUGGAUGAAAAUAACAGAAAAGAUCAACGCUGUCAGUACUGCAGGAAGGUCUGUAGAAGAAGUUAAAAAAAAAUGGCACGACAGCUUAAGCAUUGUUAAAAAGAAAGAGAGCAAUCGAUUGAAAUCAAUGAGAGAAACUGGUGGUGGACCACCAUUGGAAGUCAUAUUUAAGCAAUGGGAGUUGUCAAUUUUACAGACACUUUCACCAACCGCAAUAUCAGGAAUUCCUGGUGCUGUCGAUACAAGUGAAGAAAGUGUUCCAUCAGUGCAAGCUGUUCCAUCAGACAUCAACAACAAUGACAGUGUGGAAGAUAAUGAAGAUUCUGUGAGGACAAUUUGA